AUGGCCCUCAUCACGGGUGACGGCUCUGAUGACCAGGACCAGAUCCGCACCUUGCUUGAAGACCACAUCCGCUCAGUAACGGGACUUAUUCAACGCCUCAACAAGGAUAUUCAGAGUGUCCAGCAGCAGAUGAGGUGUCAGGAGGAGCUGAGCCAGAGGGCCCAGGGCAGCGUGCGCACCAUGGAGCUGCAGCAGCUGGCCGUCCUCUGUGACCUCAGGGGUCGAGUCGGGAGAUGUGAUGACAGUGUUGCCCGGCUGGCAGCAGACUUCCGCUGCACAAACGAGAGAAUCUACAAGCUGAUCAGGCAACACCAUGGAUCACACACACUCAUGGAGGCCAAACUCAGAGAGUUGGAGACACAGGUGCGUCUGGUAUGCAGUCGAGCCUCUCGAGGAGACCCCCCUGACCACAUCACCGCACUGCUGGGGCAGACGCUGGACACAAAACUGAAGGCCCUAUCUGAGCAGCUGAGGGCCCAGAUGAGUGCUGCUCAGGAGCGGCUGCAGAGGGAGCAGGACAGCGCACUGGCAGAGGCCACUAGCAAGAUGGACAAGCUGACCCAGCCAAUCAAGAACAAGACUAGCAGUGAUGAGGCUGUGCUGGAGCGCUUCAGUCAGCUGUCGGCGAAGGUGGACCGACUGGAGAGAGAACAGCAGCAGCAGCAGCAGCAGCAGGGAGCAUCGCAGCUGGAGAGCAGAUGGGAGGAGAUGAUUGACAGGAGGGUGGAGGAGAUGAUUGACAGCCGCGUUAGCAAACUGGAGCAGCAUCUCUGGAGGGAGCUUCAGGAGAUGAAGGGGGAGACCAACAAAGGUUUCACGGUGGUCCAUGACAGCCUGGGCUCCCUCAGGCAGGUGCUGGAGGCUCGCAUCAAGCUGGAGAAGGAGCAGCUCCUCAGGGAGCUCAGGGGAGAGGAGAGGGAGGCACACAGGGAGGACGCCAAGGGCAGCCAAGGAUGA